AUGGUAGCUAUGAGCGGUAUCUCUGUUGUCCAACAAAUCGAUGCCGUCGACGCCUUUGCCAGGACCCUGUACAUCCGCACAACUCAGUCAACUGUCCCGUCCCUCUCGACAGAUGUCUCGCAGGCCGUCCGCAACCUCCACCAGGCGCUGCGGGAGUUCCGCAUCGAGGCCGCCGAUCCCAACUCGCGCCUCAACGCCUCGGAAUCUAGUACUUACGUCAAGCAGCUAAACUCCAUCAUCAAGGACUCCCAGACGACGCUCAAGCAGCUCGAGCUCGUCCUGGAUCUGAACAGCAGGGGCGGAGGACCAUACGCCGAUAGCGCCGCCGAGAGCAUCAACGCUGUACAGACCAAGCUGCUUCACCAAAAGACUGUCAUCGAAGCGUUUCUAGAUCUGGUUCGACAUGGUGACAAACCGAGCCGCCGCCGCGGGCCCAGUUUGGAUACCAUCAAGGGCAAGGUGGAUGCUAUUGGGCGCAGACUCUUUCGUCGCGACAGCAACAAGUCCUCCACCGGUGAUGACAAACUUUGGAGGAAGUUCAAGGCCGAGCUUAUCAAGGAGGGAUUCUCAUCCAAGGUGCUGGAUGAGCAUGAGGAUGUGCUGCGCGCCUACAUUCAGGAGAUGCAAUCAGUCCCUUCUAUGAAAGACGGUGUGCCGCCCACCGUCCAAGGGCUGCUCGAGCUGGAUGGCACCUCAGUGCCUGCACCCGCGGCCCUGCAUGCUCGCCAUAUGACCUUCCCACUCGACCAUGGAAAGACGCCUGCUAGCACAAAGACUGACCGUUUGAGGCCGGAUCAGUCGUCUCAUCCGGCUCUGGCCCAAGAACUUUCUUACGACCCCCGUUCCUGGGCCUCACCUGGGGAGGCAGGCAGCAUUGUAGAUUCCUUCACGCUCAUUUCAACCCGAGAUCUGCUAUUGAUGGACUCGCUCAGUUCAGAUGUUGCUGGCCUCCAUUUGAACAGUUCCCCAACACAGGCUGAUGCUCCAUCAUUCCAGCCCAUCAUGUCCGGAGCUCUACCGCUGCCCGAGAUUAGGCUGCCUCAACCUACAGCCCCUCGGGAUAUUCCCCAAUCGAAGCAUCUUGGCGUCGAAGGAGCAGCACCCCACGUGUACGGCUCUAGCGCACCACCAGCAUAUGGGGGAGCGUCGAUGCCCCGGUUGGCGCCGGAUAGCUUUGGGCGGGACAUACCUAUGCAUGCGGAGUGGACCAAGAUCAACCGCUCUCUCGUCAGCCCCGAAGCUCUUCAUCGUGUCGGCGUGCGGUACGAAGCUCGUCCGGGCUAUGUUGCCGUCUUGGGCCGCCUGACUCUGGACCAAGUCACUCAAUACGCCCGUUUGAGCGCGGAGUGUCGGGCUGCUCGGCGAGGCGUGCCUCCUAUGACGAAACAUCAUUCUUAUGAUGUGACCAGACACGAGCGAACGAGUUCGGAGAGUAGUCCAGAUGAGAAUUUUGAAAACGAUAAGGACUCGGAUCGCAGCGACAUGUCCGAUGCAGACGACGAGAAAGCCUCGGGGAAGAAGGGAGCUAAAUCUUACCCCGUCAUUGUGAACCCUCCAGAAAAGAGCAAGGCCUCUCCAAGCAGCACUGUCAUGCCGAAGCCAAUCCUGAAGAACAAAAACCCGAACCAUGUGCGAUUCGAUCCAGAGCCCUACGAGGUCGCUGCCCGACAGGACAAGGAUAGUCGCGAGAGUCGAGAUUCUGCCUCCAGGAAAUCCCGAGACCGCGACGAGAAGGAUAGGGACGACCAUCACAGGCGUCGUGAAGAUAGAGAAAAGAGGAGGCGAGACAGCGACCCGACCCACGACGACAAAAACCGUCGGGACCGUGACCGUGACCGUGACCGAGACCGUGAACAUGACGGCCACCGAUCGCACCACCACGAUCGGGAUCGUCGCGAUGAUCGGAGACGGGAGAGGUCUGCUAAGAAGGAUCCCUGGGCCGAGGCUCUCGGCGUGGUGGGCAUCGGCGGUGCUGCCGCCAGCUUGCUGGGAGUCUUGGCCGAGGCUGCCAUGGGAGGCUGA